UACAGAAUCUAGUCAGAUGCAGCGUCAUACGAAAGACUGCCCCCUUUGCACUGCGUGUGAAACAGCGUCACUGACGUCAGACUUCCAGUCCUCUGUUGUUGUAGCCUACAGAGGGAAACAUCGAAGUGGUUGAUGUUCACUCGGGCUAAAGUUGUUGUUAAGACAAUAGCGAAAUCAUAAGCCAUUUGCUAUGGCUUUGCAAACGGCCGAGGAGAUAGCGGAGCAAAUCGAGGAGUCUGAGGAUAUAUUGGAACAGGACGUCCGUGUCUCUCCUGCCGAGGAAAUGCCGGGAGACGGGCCUGUUGUGGAGGAGGAAUCUGAACAGCUACUCCUGCCAUGGGACCGAUUCUCUGCAUGGCUCCACUGUAUCUGCGUCGUCGGUUUUGAUCUCGAGCUUGGGCAAGCAGUUGAGGUGAUUUAUCCACACCACUCAAAACUGACUGAAAAAGAGAAAACCAGUAUUUGUUACCUUUCCUUCCCGGACUCAAACUCAGGUUGCCUAGGUGACACACAGUUUUGCUUCCGUUUCCGUCAGGCAUCAGGAAGGCAGUCGUCGUUAGGGUGUUUCUUGGACCGCUGUGAUCGGGAUGCGCCCGUAUGUCUCAAGCGAGACCAGGGACAUUUCUAUGGUUAUGUGUACUUCAGACAGGUGCGAGACAAGUCACUUAAAAGGGGCUACUUUCAGAAGUCCCUGGUCUUGGUCAGCAAGCUUCCAUAUGUGACCUUCUUUCACUCCCUGCUGAAGCUGCUUGCUCCAGAGUACUUUGAGAAGCAGGAACCCUGCCUUGAAGCAGCCUGUAAUGACAUCGAUCGCUGGCCCACACCCUCUCCGGGAAAAAUUCUGAAUCUGCCCAUCAUGGGAGUGGUCAUGAAGCUCCGUAUACCUACAUGCUAUGACAAACCUGGAACCUCCCAGCUGGUGCAGUCAACGCCGAGUGACAGCCUGGUGUCCAUCGUCUUGCCCACGAUACACGAGGUGGACUUGUUCAGAUGUUUCCAUCCCGUCUUCUAUCACAUUCAGAUGUUGUGGGAGUUGGUCUUGCUGGGGGAGUCACUGGUGGUAAUGGCCCCGUCUCCAUCAGACUCAUCCGACACCGUUCUGGCUUUGGUCAGUUGCAUAUCUCCACUGCGAUACUGCAGUGAUUUCAGGCCAUACUUCACUAUCCACGACAGUGAGUUCAAAGAGUACACCACCAGAACACAAGCUCCGCCGUCAGUCAUUCUUGGUGUGACGAAUCCCUUCUUUGCCAAAACUCUUCAGCACUGGCCGCACAUCAUUCGAAUUGGAGACAUGAAACAAACAGGAGAGAUGGCGAAACAGAUGAAGGUGAAGAAGUUGAAGAACUUGAAAACUCUAGACUCAAAACCAGGCGUGUACAGUGCAUACAAACCGUUCUUGAACAAAGAUGAGGACAUCAUUAAACAGCUACAGAAGGGUGUUCAGCAGAAACGUCCCUCCGCAGCCCAGAAUGCGAUUCUGCGGCGAUAUUUCUUGGAGCUUACCCAGAGUUUCAUCAUUCCCCUGGAGCGGUAUGUUGCCAGUCUGAUGCCCUUACAGAAAACCAUCUCUCCCUGGAAGAGCCCUCCACAGUUGCGACCUUUCCUCCAAGAAGAAUUCAUGAAAACACUAGAGAAGGCUGGCCCUCAACUCACAUCCCGGCUUAAAGGAGACUGGAUUGGUCUCUACAGGCAGUUUCUAAAAUCGCCAAACUUUGAUGGAUGGUUCCGGAACCGCAGGAAAGAAAUGAUGCAGAAGCUGGAGGCCCUGCACCUAGAGGCUCUAUGUGAAGAGGAUCUUCAGCUCCGUAUUCAAAAACACACUGAAGUGGAGACGGUUGAUCUUGUAUUGAAGCUCAAGGACAAAUUGAUAAAAGCUGAAGAUGAGCAGCUCCCAGUCCGAGCAGACACCUUGGCCAAACUCCAGUCCCAUAUCGAGGCAAUCAUCCUCUCGCUGCCGGAAGACCUGCAGGGGAUUUUGCAUAAGCCAGCCGCCACACUAUGAAACAACCUGCUGCGUCUAUACACUGUAAAACAUUGCAAUCUGUUAAACGUAAAAAAAGUAAGUUGCUGCCCUGCAGCCUUAAGUUUUGUAAGUUAACGCAAUUUCAGAAAGCCUUGAGUUGAGUUAACUUACAAACUUAAGGCAGCAGGGCAACCUACCUAUUUAAGUUUAACUGGCUUCCAAAGGCUUACAGUGUACAAAGGCAAACUACAUAUUUCAGACAGGUAGGGCAGUAUUGAUCUGCAGGGGGUAUUGUAUAAAACAGCAGCCACUUUAUGAAACAACCUGCUGGGUGUAAUUGCUGCUCUUCCAACUGGAUGUAUAUGUAGGUGGGAGGAGCUCCUUAAUGAUUUCAAGACAUUUCCCACACACACACACACACACACACACACACACACACACACACACACACAAAGAGACUUUUAGAACCGAGAGUGAAGUGGCGCUGACUGACUCUGCACAAAUAUAAAAGGGGUUCAAAAGAAGCAGUACCGGCUUGAUGUCAUGCACACAAACUCACCUGGGGCUGGCUGUGACAAAGCUGUUUCUUUAGUGCUGACGGUGUCAUCACUUUUUUUCCAAAAUGGUUAAAGCCCUUUAAAUCUACCUGUUAAACUAAACAUAGGCCUAUUAGUUAGUUCUGGCUAUUAUGGAUUGUGAUAAUAAAUCACUAUUCUGUAUCAUGGGGAAGCAAUGUAAAUCAGGUUCAUGAUUUGCAAUAGUUCUAUAAUAGUCGUUUGCUAAUUCGUAAUCAAAUAGAGUCUAUGGAGACGUUGCGUUGUUGUUACAUGACCUGAGCACACUAAAGGUAAAUGAGCAUGUCAAGAUUUGAUAAAAAGUGACACUAACCGAAACUUUCAUGCGUUUACAUUCAAGGGUGUAUCAACUCUCUAAAGCCCUAUUCACACAAGAUUAAUAUUAUACUUACGGACUAAGGCUGUUAUAUCAAACCGAAGGAUCGCGAUACGCAGAGCCAUAAACCUGUCUUGCGACCUUCGCUCACAGAACCGUGAUGCUCCCUUUCGAAGUUCUAAACAACAGACUUCAGUCUUUUACAAACAUGUCAAGAUUUUUUUAUUCAUGCAUGCUCCAAUGCAUGGUGCAUGGAGAUUGACCAUGGAACGGAGAGAGAGAGAGAUAUAUAUAUAUAUAUAGAGAGAGAGAGAUGCCUACCCAAAUUAACCAGCUGAAAUACAUGAAAUACUGAAUAUCUUCAGUAUUUCAUGUCCAAAUGGCGUGAAACGUUGCUCUGCAACCUGCCAUACCACCUCAAAGUCAACUUCCGAAUUUGAGAUCAUUCGGUGCAGUACUGCGGCAGUUAUGCGUGGAACAGACAGAGAUACAGACAGAAGUUUCUUGAAUUAUUGUGUAAAUUACAAACUGUUGUUUAUCCAGUCGAAUGAGCCACAAAAUAACACAGCAGCGGGGGUAAUUGCGAAUUACCAGUGGUCCAUAGGUAAUAUUUAUCCCGUGUGAAUUAGGCUAUAUAGUUGAUGUAGCAACUCAAUCUUGAAAAUUAACUUUUCCAGGGCAGGGUAUAUCAUGAUAGACUUCGACAGUUAUUAUAUUUUAAUUCCUCAAGAAACAUCUGCAUUUAAGGCUUGAGAUAUUCUUUACAUACCAAAACAUAUUCCUGUUCGUGUAUCUCACAGGAGAGGAUUUGACAUAUUUUUAUGUAGUAAAAAGUUUAUAUGUUGGUUGUUGUGUGUACUUAAUGGAUUAUCCACUUGUAUGUUCUUAUCUUGUGCAUCAGUGACAACAGAUAAGUGUGUCUGAUGUUAUUGAUGUUAUUGGUAACACUUUACUUGAUGUUGGCGUCAUAGAUAUGACAUUACUGUAUCAUAACAGUGUUGUGAUGCAGUCAUGUACGUGUCAUAAGCAUUAUGUCCAUGUCAUAAACAUUUUAUGCCUGUUCUGGUAAAGACAAAUGUCAAUAAUGUCAACAUUUCAUGACAUAAAACGUUUAUGACAUUGAUAGUUUAUGCCUCAUCUAUGACUGUCAUGGCACAGUUCUAACACUACUGUGACACGAUCAUGUCAUGCAUAUAACGCCGGCGUCAAGUUAAGUGUAACCAAGUUAUCAGACAUACCGCAAUGUACAUUCCACAGAAAAGAGGAGUUGCCACCUUUAACCGGUGGAGUUGAGCCAUGCCAGAGCCAUGG